GCAUUUAAAGACUGAACUUGUUAGCGAUUUGUGCAACUUUUCUUCAGUAGCUCAGCCGGACUGUGAUCUCACCAUGUUUUUCCACUGUAAACUGGUUGCACUGAUACUUGUGAUGACUCUUGAUGGUCAAGUGUAUACAGGGGAAAUCUACGGAGGCCAUGUGGCUGCGCCCCAUAGCAGGCCAUACAUGGUGCUUUUGGAGCAGCACAUGGGAAAUGGUAAAAUAAAACACUGUGGUGGCUUCCUUCUGAACGCGGAUUUUGUGAUGACUGCAGCCCAUUGUCAAGCCAAGUCCUACAGUGCCUUACUAGGAGUUCAUAAUUUCAAGCAAACUAAUGAAAUACAGAAUAUAUCUGUGGAAGAAAUGUUUCCGCAUAAAGAAUAUGAUCCAACUGAAUAUAUAAACGACAUAAUGCUUCUUAAGUUGAGCUCAAAGGCAAAUUUCAGCACAAAUGUGAGACCCAUUGCUCUCGCAGGCCAAGGUGAUGGCUCUCUGCCAAAAUCAUGUAUCGUCUCUGGCUGGGGAAGGGCCUCCAUAGACCAAAGUCACAUGUCUAACUGGCUCAUGGAAGUCAAUGUAACACUCAUUGAUCAUAAGGGGCAAAUUAAGAAAAACUCGUACUGCUCUCAGGGAGAGACUGGACCGGCCAAUGGAGACUCUGGUGGUCCAUUGGUCUGCGAAGAUGAAAAGGCGUACGGGGUGGUGUCCACCUCAUCCAAACCAAGCUCAGGCGGAGCUGUAAUAUAUUGUUACACUAAGAUACCUGAGUACAGAGACUGGAUCGAUGGGGUUAUUGGACAUCAUUGAAGGCUCUAAUGCAACAUUUGAAUUAUGGAGAUGAUGAUUGAGAUGCUAGGAUCACCUCUGAUUCCAUAUCAAUGAAACUUCCAGGCCAAAGUCUGGACUUGCUUGCUUUACGCAAAUUAAAUCAAAAUAUGUAUAUGUUGUCAAAUGUGACAUUAUAUAUAUUAAAUACAUUACUGCUUUGUGCAUCUUUUUUUUAGACUAGAUCAAAUGAGAACACAGACUCCUCUAAUUUUGUUUUGUACCAUCUUUUGAAAAAAUAAAAUGUUUCUAUCUCACCAUGUUCUCUGGGUACUUUUGUAAAUCAAAAUAUGCUUUACUUUGAUAAUACCAAAUGAUUCAAGUCUGUAUUUGGAAAGUUGCGUGAAAAGACUGAAAAUAUAUGAUAUACAUACAGUAUAUGUACACCUCUUUGUUCGAACAUGAAUUAAAGCAACA